AAUUAUCAGAAUCUUUAGAUUCCAAAAAAAAAGGAAAGAGAGCAUGAUGUGAUAAUGACACAGCGACAACCACCACCACUCCACCAGUUUCAUCUUCAACCACAAGUUCUUUCUGGGAAGACAAAACACAAACAAGAUCUUCUCUUUCUUCGUGUCCAAAGACUCUGCAAAUGGUUUCCAAUUGCCUGAGUCUCCAUCUCCAUCUUCCUCAUCCCCACAAAUAUAAUCACUAUCGCUCUCCUUCUUCUUCUUCUUCAAGAUUCCAUCCAAAGGCUCAUGUCUCAAUCAAACCUGGAUCUGAUCCUCGUUGUUCUUCUCUUCUCCACAAAAGAUUCAAUGGCUCUUAUGUACCAAACCCACGAAAUAAAACCUUCGGAAGAUGCGAAUCUCGAGAUCAGAAAAUGGGGGUGUCAAGCAGGUUCGGUGGAUUUUCAGUUUACUGCUCUAGAUUCUUCUCAUCCGCCGUUGACUCGGAUGAACUCGGUUUCAACGAGUCCAAACUCGACCCGAGUCUCACCAACGAUGACCUGAAGCCCACUAAACCGAGUCAGAGAACGUUCUCAUGGUGGGAGAUGGCGAGUCUAUGGAUAGGGCUGGUGGUCGGUGUACCUUCCUACUACCUCGCAGGCAGUUUGGUCGAUUUAGGUAUGGCUUGGUGGCAAGGCAUAGCUACCGUGGUCGCAGCCAACGUUAUCCUGCUCGUGCCACUCGUCCUCACCGCCCAACCCGGUACGAUGUACGGAAUAUCCUUCCCUGUUCUUGCAAGAUCAUCGUUCGGCAUCCGAGGAGCAAACAUUCCUACCCUUCUCAGAGCUUUGGUCGGUUGUGGAUGGUACGGCAUUGAGACAUGGAUCGGCGGCGAAGCCAUCUUCUUGCUGUUGCCGAGUCAUCUCAAGAACUCGGCUUUGUCCGAGUCACUACCAUGGCUCGGGACUUCGCCGCUGGAAUUUGCCUGUUUCAUCGUGUUCUGGCUCGCUCAGUUGUGUAUUGUCUGGAGAGGGAUCGAUGGUAUCAGAGAACUCGAGAAGUACUCAGCUCCAGUUCUCAUCACUCUCACUUCCUGUCUCGUCAUAUGGGCUUAUGUCAGAGCCGGCGGGUUCGGGCACAUGCUCCACUUGUCGUCCAAGUUAUCGGCUUCCCAGUUCUGGUCUCUGUUCUUCCCAUCUCUAACCGCGAACAUCAGCUUCUGGGCAACUCUCGCACUGAACAUCCCAGAUUUCUCACGGUUUGCCAAAUCUCAGACCGAUCAGAUCAUCGGUCAAGCCGGUCUUCCUGUCUUCAUGGGGCUGUUCACGUUCGUUGGCUUGGCCGUCACGUCAUCUACGAACAUCAUCUUCGGAAGAGUAAUCUCCAAUCCGAUUCAGCUUCUCGGCCAGAUCGGAGGGGUCACCACCGUCAUCCUCUCCAUCCUCGGCAUUACCCUAGCGACCAUCACCACAAACAUAGCCGCAAACGUGGUCGCGCCCGCAAACGCGCUCGUGAAUCUGAACCCAAAGUUCUUCACUUUCAGAAGAGGAGCCCUUCUCACAGCGGUUCUCGGAAUCGCGUUUCAGCCAUGGCGGUUGCUCAGAUCCAGCGAAAGCUUCGUGUACACGUGGCUCGUCGGAUACUCUGCCCUUCUGGGUCCCAUCGGAGGGAUAGUCCUCGCAGAUUAUUAUCUCAUCCGGAAAAUGAAACUGAACGUGUUAGAUCUGUACAGCUUGAGCCCUUUUGGGGAAUAUUACUACUCAAAGGGGUAUAAUUUCGUGGCGAUGGUGGCUCUGAUCGCCGGAAUCUUGCCGGUGGUGCCGGGUUUCUUGCAAAAGAUCGGAGCUUUGUCGGGGAUCGGAGAUGGGUUUGUCGUUGUUUACAACAAUGCUUGGUUCUUCAGCUUCUUCCUAGCUGGAUUCGUCUUUUAUUAG